CUGAACGGAGCCAUCUCCGCCCGUAGGCCUCCGGCGCGGGUGAGACCAUGGGAGGAACGCCUCCGUGAGGGUCGCCGAGCCCCGCGGUGGCUCAGGGUAGUAUAUAGUCGGCAGUUUCCUCGGGACUGAUUGCAGAUCUGCAGAGGCACACCAGCCUCAGCCCCCACCUUGGAGUCAUGGAGUGUCCUUCGUGCCGGCACGUCUCCAGAGACAAAGCCCCCAAGUUCUGCAGCGAGUGUGGACAGAAACUGUCCGCUGUGGCACCCGCACCAGAUUCUGAAAGCAACCCCAAGGUGACAUCGGCCCCUGCAGGAGAAAUGGAGUGUGGACAGGAGCUAAAGGAGGAAGGUGGCCUCAAGGUGACGUCGGCCCCCAAGGGAGAAGUGGAGUGUGGACAGGAGUCGAAGGCAGAAGGUGGCCUCAAGGUGACGUCGGCCCCUGCAGGAGAAAUGGAGUGUGGACAGGAGUUGAAGGAAGAAGGCGGCCCUGUCUCAACCCCAGGCUCAAGUGAUGGGUCCGACCAGCCAGCUGAGCUCUGUUCCGACGCCUCCUGGUCCAUCUACAGUGGAGUUGCGUCAGAGGUUUUUGUAGAUGCAGUCGCCCGCACGUCUGAUGAGCUGGAGGCUGCUAAUUACCCUCCCAGCAAAAGAAGAAAAGAGGACGCAAGCACAUGUGAGGUGGCUGACGUGCUCUCUGCAGACCCUGAGCAGAGCAAAAGGAAUAAAAGAAAAAAGAAAAAGAACAGGAACGCUUCCAUUUCCGCAGGCCUGGAUUCCUUGUCCCCAGCCCCCUCCGCACCCGGUAGUCUGAAUUCACUUGCAAGCGCUGGGCUGCAGGACACAGCCCUGCCCCAGAGCCCAGCUCAGCAGGGUGGUCAGCCGAGCCAGCCCCCGGGCACGGACUCCACACCGCUGGAGGGCGCUGGCCGCAGAGGGUCUCUGCGGGGUCAGACUGCAGGAGGAGCUGAAGCAGCCACGGGAGGCACGUCUCCGAGCAGCCUGGCCCCCCAGGAUCGGACUCCUGGAGCUACCCCCCCGGAAGGGAAGGACCACGACACCCCCGACCCCUCCCAGGGCAAUAGCCUCCCCCAGGAGGGGGCCGGCCCGACCGCCUCUGCCACUGACGGUCGUCCUGGGAAGAAAGAUGCCCAGGCACCCCUGCUGCCUGGGUCGAAGGGGGGCCGCGCUGAGACCAGGAAUGGGCUGCAGCCCGUGGCCCCUGCCUCGGGGGCAACUGAUGCUGCGGCUGAGCCAGCAAUUCCAGGGAAGGGGGCUGACAAAGAAGCUAAAAAUAAGACUCAGAAAUCAAAACAGCCACCAGCAAGCGCCCCGGCUUCCCAAGAACACCGCCAGGAAGCUGAAACCAAGGACAAGACAGCCAUUACUGGAAAGAAAGCCAAGCCAGAGGUCCCGAAAAAGCCAGAGGUCCCGAAAAAGCCAGAGGGGAAUAACAGAAGCGACGUAGCUGCUGUGAAAAAUGAGAAGGACCAGAGAAACCAGAAGGCUGGCGCAUGUGACGCUAAGGAGAGCCCUCUGAGCCCCGGGGAAGGAGUCACGGUGUACUUCCAUGCCAUCAUUUCCAAAGAUUUCAAAUUUGACCCCAACCACCACAAGGUGUUUGUCAGGGGUGGAGAAGCACUUGGGGAGCCCGCAUGGAAGCAUGAUGUUUGCGAGCUGCACUGCACCAAGGACUUAGGUGAGCACGGGUUCCUCGUGGAAGGCAGCACCGUCAUUUCUAGGAAGCACCUGGAUGAGCACAUCCCGUACAAGUACGUGGUCCAUCGUCUCAAGGGUCCUGUUGAGUAUGAGUUCAUCUACAAGCGUCAGCAUAAGGACCACGUGAACCGCUGUCUGUCUGUGAGAGCCUCACUGCUGAGCUUGGGAGUCCUCCUGGGGUCGCAGGUGUCCCUGCCCAGAGCCCGGCUGGCGCUCCCUCCACCCCACAAAGGCAGCUCUGAUGGACUCAGCUCCAUGGUCUUGCAUUUUCCUUUUCUCCUGGGUCAGGUGAAGAAAGACCUGUGGGAUCAUUUGAAAAAGCAAAUGGCACCAUUUCUGGAAAACAGAGGGGACGCUCUGCCUAAAGACCGCCCAGUGGAGAGUAAAUUGAGAAUGGGCCUGGUUAUCCUUAACUUGGUGGAAAGCUUGGAGUUUCCCUUAUCAGAAUCUGACGAGUCCUCGCUGUGCGACCUCCUUUGCUCAAAUGCCAGUUCAGCUGACGAGUUCCAUGACGACGUCAGCCUUGUCCUUGGAACACCUCAGAGCUGGCGAGUGCAUUUGGUAAACCUGUGCCUAAGGAGCAUUGAUAAGAAGGUCAACCUCUGGGUGGGCAUCCUGCCCGUGCUGCAUCACUGCAUGGAGCUGUCUCCUCAAGGAAGGGACUCUGGGACUCAGCCCGAGGACACCUGGGCAGCCCUCGAAGGAAUCUCUUUCUCGGAGUUUCGGGAACGAACUGCAGAUAAUAAAUCAUUGCUCCAGCUUAUGGGAAGGAAGAGGCAUUUGCUGGACGUGGACGAGCGCCUGUUCCGCUCCUGGUUCAGUCUGCUUCCCCUGAGCAACGUGGGUGAUUAUAUGGCAGAAUUCCUCGACUACUUGAGUCGCUUCCCUACUCGUGUCCUGGACUGUCUUGUCGGGACGUGCUACCGGCUUCAGGGAAUUAAGGAGAUCUCCUACAGGAAUAAGGAGGAUAUUGAGAAGACUUUAAAAAUGCUGUUGCACCUUCUGGAUAUGUACCAGGACAAGAUUCUCCAGGAGAACUUGGUACAGUCCUACUUAACUGUGUGCCUGAAACUUCACACAAAUGUCUGCAGAUUCACAAAAGACUACAAGCAUUAUGAGAUGCCUGCCUUGUCUGCUGAGACUGUUUGCAGAAUUAUCACACUUAAACCCCUAGUGGAUUCAACAGAAAAACAGGAAAAUGAAACUGUGAAGAAUUCAGUGGGGACCGUCUUCCAGGAGACUCUUAACACCACGAGAAGUUGGCUUAAGGGAGUUUUUAAGGGACGCAUUUUCCAGAGCUCACUUGGCUCCUUUGUCAGGUUCACAUACCCCCAGGAGAUCCAGGUCUGGAGGCAGCUUUUGGCAAUAAACUUCCCCAUGGAGCUCGGCUGGAAGGAGUCCCUGCUGGGGGACCUGGAAGGGAGGCUGAAACAGGAGAAGCCCCGUUCCCAGAUCUCUGCCUUCUGCAACAUUAACUGGGAACACACCGACCCAGACAACAGCGUGUCCAGAUGCUUUGAGAACUGUGCCAUUGAAGCUGUCAGCUCAGCAUGCCAGUCUCAGACCAGCAUCCUCGAGGGACUGCCUUACCAUGACUUGCAGCGGUUCGGCACACUUGUGUCUGCUGUGAUCACCAAGUCCUGGCCCACACACAGUGGGGAAGCUGUGGAUGGUCUGGGUGAGGUUUUAAAGCACCUGCUCACAUGUCCAGACAUCAAGCAUCUGUUCCAAUUGUAUGGCACCAAUGAGAGAAUACUAGCCAACAUAACCGAGGAUGGCAAGAAGCUGAUGGCCACUGCUGACUCCGUGUUCACAAAGGUGACCGGCGACCUCCGAAGUGGAGAGAUUUUAGUGGAGCACCUGGAGCUCGUCGAGAACCAUGUCAGUCCGUUUCUCGACAUCUGGGAAUUAAAGAGAAAAAGUCUUUCACCCCAGGAGGAAAAAAACAAUAUGAAGGAAGUGCUGGCGUACAGACUGGAGGAACUAACAUUUUUAAAGAAAGAGAAAAAAUAUGUUGACAGCCUCCUGAAGUUGUGUGAAGGGGUGAAACAUCUGAUAGAAGUGGAUUUUGGAGAGAUCGCGGAAAGACAUUUGGAAGACCUUGGCAGUAAAAGAUUAAAAGAAGUUGUGACAGUGAAGUUGUCACCCUCAGACUUGAAGUGGACGACACAUUACAACCUGAGCCUCAAAGUCCAAGAAAUGGCCAAAACGGUAGACUUGCUAAAGGACAGUCACAUCUUCCGUGUCUUCUGGACAGAAGCCGCACGAUUACUGAGCCAGCCAGAGGGGCAGUGGGAGGAGGAGGCAGAUGACGGGGACGGGGAGAUUCUUGGGCUUCAAGAUGCGUAUGAAUAUCUGUAUUGUCCUUGUUUCGACAAGUUCAGUAAUCUGUAUAAGGACCUAAAGUCAGGCGAGGUCACCUUUGCGGAAGUCGACUCUACCUUCAAAGUCUUUGAGAAUAAAUACGAAGUCCUCACUGCCGACCUCCAGGUCAUGUGUGCCCUGGAUUCCAGGGACCCAAAGGACUGGAUUAGGACGCGAGUUGGGCAGAUCCAGGAAUACCACCACCUGCACCAGGCUGUCCGCUCGGCUCAGGUCAUCUUGGAGGUCAAAGAGAAUUUGGGUCUGACCGGUGACUUCCAUGUUCUCCACACUUUACUAAGAUUUACUGACCACUUCAAGAACUUUCAUCAUGAAAAGCUGGACCAAAUCAGCCAGCAGCUUAUCUGCGCCAAGAAGCUGCUUGAGGAUAUCGACGAGGCCCGGUACCAGUGUCUGAAGGAGCUUUCCCUGAGGAAAGGGUUCAUCAGCUGGGUCCGGGAGGCCCUGGGAGGCAUCAACGAGCUGAAAGUCUUUGUGGACCUGGCCUCCAUCUCUGCGGGGGAGAACGACAUCGACGUGGACCGGGUGGCCUGCUUCCAUGAUGCUGUGCAGGGCUACGCGUCUCUGCUGUAUAAGCUGGACACAAGUGCAGGUUUCCCUGAGUUCAUGGACCAUCUGAAAGAACUGUGGAAGGCUCUGGAAAACGACCAGCACCUGCCCAGGAAACUGUGUGACUCCGCCAGGAACUUGGAGUGGCUGAAAACAGUGAAGGAGAGUCACGGGUCCGUGGAGCUCUCGUCACUGUCGCUGGCCACUGCCAUCAACAACAGGGGCAUCUACAUGAUCAAGGCUCCUGCGGACGGCCAGAUUUCCCCAGACAGGGUUCUACGUUUAAUCCUCUCUGAGAGCCAUGGGAACGGGGAGGACAUGCGAGACUUCUCCUUGGAGGAGCUGAAGGAGCUUUUGAACAAAUUGAUGCUCAUGUCUGGAAAGAAGGACCACAACAGCGCUGAGGUGGAGAAAUUCUCCGAGGUGUUCUGCAACGUGCAGAGGCUCGUGCAGUCCUUCAUCAACCUUCACUCCGCUGGCAACAUGCUGUUCCGGGCCUGGACGGCCGAGGUGUACUGCUCCCCACGGAUGUCCGUCUCCAUCCGCAUGGACUUCGGCUUGGGCCUGCUGAGCCAGAUCACAGGCAGCGGGCCGGUGGCCCAGCUGCUGGAGGCCCUGUGCAAGCUGAUGGAGGACUUCCUGGGCCAGUGGCAGGAGUUUAUGGCCCAGAAACGUACUGAGCACUUUUACCUCAACUACUACACGGCCGAGCAGCUGGUUUACUUGAGCUCGCAGCUCAGGAGCCAGCCGCCCAGUGACGCUGCACUCACCAUGCUGUCCUUUGUCAAGCGUAACUGCACCCAUCAGGAUGUCUCGGAGGCCUGCAGGAAGCUUGAUGGCAGGGCCGCUGGGUACCAGGAGAGGACAGUGAUGGAGGAACUGCCGCUGGUGCUCUACUGUGAGUCCAGCCUGGUGGACAAGCUGAAAGUCAUCCUGGAGCAGUCCAUCGUGUGCAUGAGUGCCUUCCUGCCUCACUGCCUGGACCUGGACGCCCUCGGCCGCUGUCUGGCUCACCUAGCCAGGACGGCCUGGCCUCCCGUGGUGCGGCAGCUUCCCAACGGCAUGAAGGUCGGCCAGCCCAACCUUGUCCUCUGCGGCCCCUCAGAGGUGCUGCAGGCCGCCCUGGCCAUCUACCUGCAGUCCUCGGAGCAGCCCCUGCCCACCUACGACGAGGUGCUGCUGUGCACCCCGGGAACCACAUUCGAGGAAGUGGCUCUGCUCCUGCGCCGCUGCCUGACCCCGGGCUCCCGGAGCCAAAGGCUCUACAGCCUGCUGUACGCAGACCAGCUGAGCUACGAGGUGGCCUGCCAGGCGGAGGCGCUCUUCCGGAGCCUGUGCACACAGCGUCACUACGAGAAAUACCAGCUCGUCAUGGUCUGUGACUGCGAGCGGGAGCACUGCUACCUGCCCUCGGCCUUCAGCCAGCACAAAGUCCCCUUCACCCCUCAGGCGCCCCUCAAGGACGUGCAGGCCUACCUGGCACAACAUUUCCAAAUCCCAAAGCAGACCCAGUCAGCCGCUGCCGUGUUCAGAGACCGGAUGUGUGUUGGGAUCGUGGCCUCGGAGAGAGCAGGCGUUGGAAAGUCUCUGUUUGUGAAGAGAUUGCAUGAAACUCUGCAAAGGCAGUUCAAGGGGAAAGAAGCACCUCUAAAAAUUAUUCGACUGAUCGACCCCCAGGUGGAUGAGAGCCAAGUCCUGGACUCCCUCCUGCCUUUCCUGAACGCCACGUAUCAGGCAACACCUAUGAUCUUCCACUUCGACGUGACCUCUUCAGUGCAGACAGGAGUUUGGGCGUUUCUUUUCAAGCUCCUCAUUCUACAGUACUUAAUGGAUGUAAACGGGAAGAUGUGGCUUCGGAACCCACGCCAUUUAUAUGUCAUUGAAAUCCUGCAAAGGGAGUCGGCGCUGCCUAAGAGGUCUUCAAAGCUGAGGAUACGGGCCCCCCAGUUCAAUUUUCUUGACAUCUUCCCAAAAGUCACCUGUAGGCCUCCCAAGGAAGUGAUGGAUGUGCUGCUGAACGCUGAGCCGAACUACGAAGAGCCGGGAAUGGAUGUGGGCGAGUUCUGCAGUGAGACUUUCCAAAGACCGUACCAGUACUUAAAACGGUUCUUUGAGAAACAAAACCUGGACACAUUCCAGUACGAAGGCCAGGUGGAAGGCACCCCCAGUGAAUGCCUCCAGCACCUCCUGAUUUACUGUGGGGUGAUGAACCCAUCCUGGUCUGAGCUUUGGAACUUCGCUCAGUUCCUGAACUAUCAGCUCAGAGACUGUGAGGCCUCUCUCUUCUGCAAUCCACAGAUCGUGGGUGACACUCUGAGGGGCUUCAAGAACUUUGUGGUGACCUUUAUGAUCUUCAUGGCGAGAGACUUCGCCACGCCAACGCUUCACACGUCCGACCAAAGCCCCGGGAAGCACUCGGUCCCUAUGGACGGAGUCAAAGAGGAAGACAUAGCCCCUUUCUCUCUCCGGAAGCGCUGGGAGUCAGAGCCCCACCCGUACGUGUUCUUCAAUGAUGACCACACAUCCAUGACAUUCAUAGGCUUCCACUUGCGGCCCAACGAGAACGGCGGUGUCGACGCAAUCGAUCACUUGAGUCAGGAGGUGAUCAAGGAGGACGUCAUGACGAUGGAGCUGUACCAGGGGCUGUUGCUUCAGAGGGUGCCCUUCAAUGUCGACUUUGACAAGCUGCCCAGACAUGAGAAACUUGAGAGACUCUGCCUGGCGUUAGGGAUCCAGUGGCCCAUUGACCCUGAUGAAACCUAUGAGCUGACGACAGACAAUAUGCUUAAGAUCCUUGCCAUUGAGAUGCGUUUCCGGUGCGGGAUCCCCGUUAUCAUCAUGGGGGAAACCGGCUGUGGGAAGACCAGGCUCAUUAAGUUCCUGAGUGACCUCCGGCGCAGCGGGGCUGAGGCUGAAACCAUGAGGCUGGUCAAGGUCCACGGGGGCACGACCGCUGACACGAUCUACUCCAAAGUCAAGGAGGCAGAAGCCCUUGCCAUCUUGAACAAGAGCGAGUGUCAGUUGGACACCGUCUUGUUCUUCGAUGAGGCCAACACAACGGAAGCCAUAAGCUGCAUCAAAGAAGUUCUAUGUGAUCGCACAGUGUGCGGCCAGCGGCUGGCUGAGGACUCCGGCUUGCACGUCAUUGCAGCCUGCAACCCUUAUCGGAAGCACUCUCAGCAGAUGAUCUCACGGCUGGAGGCGGCUGGCUUGGGCUACAGGGUGAGUGCGGAGGACACAGCAGACAGGCUGGGCUCCAUCCCCCUGAGGCAGCUGGUGUACCGGGUGCACGCCCUGCCGCCGAGCCUUAUUCCGCUGGUGUGGGACUUCGGGCAGCUGAACGACACCGCGGAGAAGCUCUAUAUCCAGCAGAUCGUCCAGAGACUGGUGGACUCCAGCCGGAUCAAUCCGGACGAGACUUGUGUGAUCACAGAAGUGCUUUCUGCCUCUCAGGGUUUCAUGAGGAAAACAGAGAAUGAGUGCAGCUUUGUCAGCCUCCGGGACGUGGAGCGCUGUGUGAAAGUCUUCCGGUGGUGUUACGACCACAGCGAGAUGCUCUUGUCGAAGCUCGAUUCCUUUCUGCGUGAGUCCGGCAUCAGCACAAACAACUUUGAGAGAGACCCCGUCCUCUGGUCGCUGGUGCUGGCCGUCGGGGUGUGUUACCACGCCUCUUUGGAAAGCAAGGAAUCGUAUCGGAAAGCCAUUUGCAGGUUCUUCCCGGAGCCGUAUGACGACAGCAAGGUGGUGCUGGACGAGAUCACGUUAGCACAGGAUCUUUUUCUGAGCGGUGUCCCUCUGAGGAAAACCAUCGCCAGGAACUUGGCUUUGAAGGAGAACGUCUUCAUGAUGGUGAUCUGCAUCGAGCUUAAGAUUCCUCUCUUCCUGGUGGGCAAGCCCGGCAGCUCCAAGUCUCUGGCCAAGACCAUCGUGGCCGACGCCAUGCAAGGCCAGGCCGCUCACUCGGACCUCUUCCGGACCCUGAAGCAGGUCCACCUGGUGUCCUUCCAGUGCAGCCCGCACUCCACCCCGCAGGGCAUCAUUGGCACCUUCAAGCAGUGUGCCCGCUUCCAGCAGGGGAAGGACCUGCAGCAGUAUGUGUCUGUGGUCGUCUUGGACGAGGUGGGACUGGCUGAGGACUCACCCAAGAUGCCCCUGAAGACCCUGCACCCCCUGCUGGAGGAUGGGUGCAUCGAAGAUGACCCUGCCCCCCACAACAAAGUGGGCUUCAUCGGCAUCUCCAACUGGGCUCUGGACCCUGCCAAGAUGAACCGCGGCAUCGCCGUGUCCCGCGGCAGCCCCAACGAGAAGGAGCUUGUGGACAGCGCCAGGGGCAUUUGUUCUUCAGAGCCCCUCGUCCAAGAAAGAAUCAAGGGCUACUUCAAGCCCUUCGCCGAAGCCUAUGAAAUGGUGUGUAGGAAGCAGGACAAGGAAUUCUUUGGGCUUCGCGACUACUAUAGCCUCAUCAAAAUGGUCCUCACCGCCGCCAAAGCUUCUAGGGAGCCCUCCCCGCAGGACAUCGCUCAGGCCAUCCUCCGGAACUUCAGCGGCAAAGACGACAUCGAUGCCCUGGACAUUUUUGCGGCCAGGCUGCCUGAGGUGAGGCAGUCAGAGGAAGUCAGCACCAUGGAGCUGAUCCGGCAUAACGUGUUCGGGGACCGUCGGAAGCAGUUGGGCCGAGAGCUGGACGACUCCGAGUGCCGCUACCUACUUGUGCUGACCAGGAACUACGUGGCCCUGCAGAUCCUGCAGCAGACACUCUUCAGGGACGGCCAGCAGCCCGAGAUCAUUUUUGGGUCCAGCUUUCCCAGGGACCAGGAGUACACGCAGAUCUGCAGAAACAUCAACCGAGUGAAGAUCUGCAUGGAGACCGGCAAGAUGGUGGUGCUGCUGAACCUGCAGAACCUGUACGAGAGCCUGUAUGACGCCCUCAACCAGUACUAUGUGUACCUGGGCGGCCAGAAGUACGUGGACCUCGGCCUGGGCACCCACCGGGUCAAGUGUCGGGUUCACCCCGACUUCCGCCUGGUCGUCAUUGAGGAAAAGGAUGUCGUCUACAAGCACUUCCCCGUCCCCCUCAUCAACCGGCUGGAGAAGCACUACCUGGACAUCAACACCGUCCUGGAGACGUGGCAGAAGAACAUCGUGGAGGAGCUCAAAGUCUGGGUGGACAAGUUCAUAGACACGAAAACGGACCCGUUUGCGGCCAGACAGAAAUACAGCCCUUCCGACGCCUUCAUCGGCUACCACGCCGACACCUGUGCCUCAGUGGUGCUCCAGGUCAUCGAGCGUCUCAACCCUGGGAUCUUGACUGAUGACCUGUACCAGCGGGUCCUGGAGGAGGCCAAGCUGGUCCUGCUGGGCUGCGCCACACCUGACGCCGUGGUCCGGCUGAGCACGUCCUCGCUGAGCCAGUUCGCAGCACAGUCGCUGUCCAGAGAAUACUACUACCGGCAGCAGCAUGACUGCUUCGCGGACUUCCUGCAGGCUCACCUGCUCACGACGGGUCCGGAGCACCGUGCUGUCUUCACAGAGAUCACCACCUUCUCCAGACUGCUCACCAGUCACGACUGUAAGAUGCUGGCCGCGGAAAUCAAGGGCAGGGCCCCGAAGCCUACACUCCUGUCACUGCAGCAGUUUGACACCGAGUAUUCGUUCCUCAGAGAAGUCCGAAAGUGCUUGACUAACACGGCCACGUGUAAAAUCCUCAUUGUUCAAACUGAUUUUGAAGACGGAGUUCAUAGCGCUCAGCUCAUCGCCUCAGCUAAGUAUUCUGCUAUAAAUGAAAUCAACAAGAUACAAGGAAAUAAGGACUGUAUCUUCAUCUAUUUCAUCACAAAACUGUCCCGGAUGGAAAGUGGGAUGUCCUACGUGGGGUUCAAUGGAGGGCUGUGGCAGUCUGUGCACAUCGACGACCUCCGGAGAUCCACCGUCAUGGUUUCAGAUGUGACGAAGCUGCAGGAAGUGGCCAUCAGCCAGCUGUUUCAUCCAGACGACACACCUGAGCCCGAGGGGAGACCUGGGGACGACAGCAGCCAUGAGGAGGUGAUGGAAACAGAGGCUGAAGAACCAGGGGAACCGCCCGAGGUGGACAUGGAAACGGAGAGCUCUGAGACGAUGGAAAGCGAGGCCUCUCGGCCGGGGAGAAGCUAUACGCAGAUCCUGGAUACCAGCAGCCUGCUGCGCAGCUGCGUGCAGAGCGCCGUGGGCAUGCUCCGAGACCAGCACGAGCGGUGUCAGCGCAACGUGCGGAGGGUGGAGCUUCUGCUCGGCCUCUUAACGGAGGAGGACGAUUGCAAAGCCGCUUUCUUACAGGUUGCCAAGAUGCGCCUCCACGACCUCUUACAGAAGCAGGAGGAGAGCCACAUGCUCAACGUAAAGCAGUGGGUGGUGAGGGAGGCCUCCAACCCAGACGCUCUGCAGGAGGCAGGCACGUUCAGGCACACCCUCUGGAAGCGCGUCCAGGGCGCGGUGACCCCUCUCCUGGCCAGCUUGGUCUCUGUCAUCGACAGAGAUGGCAACCUAGAGCUGCUGACCACGGCGGACUCGCCGUCCUGGGCAAGAGACCUGUGGAUGUUCAUUUUCCGCGACAUGAAGCUUCUGAACAUUCCUCUUGUGGUGAAUAACACAAGAUCCAAAAAUGAGGUCUCCUACAUCCUGGUGCACCACCACAUGGACCUGUCCGAGAACGCCUACAACGACGUCCCUUUCAGCUGGAGGAUCAGGGACUACCUGGAAGAGCUGUGGGUCCAGGCGCAGUACAUCGCAGGCGCUGAAGGACUGUCCCAGAGGCUCGUGGGCAUCUUCCAGCAGACCCCCCUGGGCAAGUUUCUUGCCAAGCUCGGCGUGGGACAGCAGCGGGACCUCCUGCAGCGUUACCUGAAGGACUUCCUCCUCCUGAGCAUGAAGGUGUCCACUGGGAAAGAGUUAGCGUUUCUGCAGAUGGCUCUGUGGUCCUGCAUCAAUCAGCUGAGAGCAGGGAGCCCAGAGGAAGAGCCCUGCUUGCCGUGGGUCCACCUUGCCUUCCAGCAUUUCCGAGUCCGGCUGCAGAACUUGUCCAGAAUAUUCACCAUCUACCCCCCAGUCCUGGACAGCCUGACCGAAGCCCCACAGAGCCACGGCUUGGCAGGACGUGAGAUGACUCUGGAUGCGUUGGCUGCAAUGGCCUGCACUGAGCUGCUUACGAGGGACCUCCUGAAGCCCAGCCCCCAGGCUUGGUUACAGAUUGUCAAGAACCUCUCCAUGCCCCUGGAGCUCCUGUGCUCUGACGGGUACCUGCCAGACCACAAGGGCAUGGCCGGAGCUGUCACCAGAGAAGUCAGAACCAACUGGAAUCGCAUUUUCUCCAUUGCGCUGUUUGUGGAGCAUGUGCUCCUGGGGACCAAGAGUGAACUGCCUAAGCUGUGCAAGCUGGUGACUGAGUGUGUCUUCUCACUCAACAAGUGUCUGCAGGAGAACUCCGACCUCAAGACCUACAGGCCUUUUGCCGCCGUGAUGACUACGCUUUGCAAAUGCAAGGACCAGGCCAGCAAGACCUUCACCCGGUACGGGGUUCAGCCAUGCCCCGUCUGCCUGGGAGAUGCACAGGACCCUGUCUGCCUGCCCUGUGACCACAUGUUCUGCCUGGGCUGCGCCAAAGCCUGGCUCACCACGGGGCAGAUGAGGUGCCCCUUAUGUUUAACAGACUUGCCAGACGAGUUCUCCCUAGAGGUUUCCCAAGAGAGCAGGAACGCCAUCAAGAAACACGCCCGCUUCCGACAGAUGUGCACGAGUUUCUUCGUGGACCUGGUGUCCACCAUGUGCUUCAAAGAUAGCUCCCCACCGCAGCAGGACGUGGUCGAGGCCCUGCUGUCUCUACUCUUCAUAAAAAAGAAGCUCUUAGAUUCUUCCCAGAUUUCAGGACGCCGUGAACACACCAAGUCCCUGUCCCCGUUUGAUGACGUCGUGGAUAAGACCCCUGUCAUCCGCUCUGUGGUCCUGAAACUGCUCUUGAAGUACAGCUUCCAUGAAGUAAAAAAUUACAUUCAGUCUUACUUGUCCCAGCUUGAACAGAAAGCAUUCAUGGCUGAAGACAAAACUGAACUGUAUGUUCUCUUCAGCAGCUGUCUGGAGGAUUCGAUCCACGAGAAGAACAGUGCUUUCUCCACGAGUGAUGAACUGAAACAUCUACGGGACGAAGGUCACUUCCUUAAGACUUACCUAUCAGGGACACGCAGCCGCCAGCCCGCCAACGAGGCUUCGGUUGAGUACCUGCGAGACACGGCCAGGGUCCGCCUCUGCCUUGACCGGGCGUCUGACCUGCUCUCUGAGCUUCAGGAUGGCUCAGAGAUGGCCCAGGAGAAGCAGCAUUACCUGCGGCAGGUCGAGGACUUCUGCACCCAGGUGAAGAACGAUUGGUACCGAGUGUACCUGGUGAGGAAGCUCACGAGCCAGCGAGGGAUGGAGUUCGUGCAGAGCCUCUCCCGGCAGGGCCACCCGGCCCACUGGGUGUUUCCCCCGCAAGUCCUGGCACUACAGAUGGAUCAUAGCAGCCUGAUGGACCGGUACCUGGUGCAUGGACAGGAGUACAAGGCUCUCCGUGACGCCGUGGGCAAAGCCGUCCUGGAGGGCAAGCCCCAGGCGAUUACGACAGCUCUGGAGGCCUGCCGGGACUCCGCGCCACAGCAUGCAGUCCACUUCCUGUUAGCACUUUACAGAGAGGUCGCCACGCUGUACAGGUCUCACCAUGCAAACCUCCACCCCACGCCAGAGCAACGUGAGGCUGUGAACACGGCUAUUGAGGAAAGCAAGAUCCUUUCUCCUGACAUGAGACGCUUUGCAACGUCCCUGGUGACCAACACUCUGCCGCUGCUAAGGACGGAUCCCGGUGGCGGCAGCCUGGAAGGCACAGUGACAGAAAUGGCUGUUCACGCUGCAACCGUCCUUCUCUGUGGACAAAGCCAGGUCUUGGAACCCCUGAAGAACUUGGCCUUCUCCCCAGCCAACAUGGCGAAAGCUUAUCUUCCAACAAUGCCUGAAGACUUGCUGACUCAAGCUAGGGUCUGGGAUGGCCUGCAAGGACUCCGCUGGUACACGUGUCCCAAUGGUCACCCGUGCACUGUCGGAGAGUGCGGCAUGCCCAUGCAGCAGAGCAACUGUGUGGAUUGCGGGGCCACGAUCGGAGGAUUAAACCACAGACCUGAGGGUGGAUUCACUCUCCUCCAAAACAACGUAGACAGAACUCAGACGGGCCACGUCCUGGGCAGGCCGCCCCCCAGAGACGUUACAGUGCUGUCUGACCGAGGGCAACCCCCUGUGGUCUUUCUUCUCAUCCGGUUACUCACUCACCUGGCUAUGCUUUUGGGAGCCACCCACAAUCCCCAGGCUCUGCUCGGCAUCAUCAAGCCUCCGGUGAGGGACCCGAGAGAGUUCCUGCAGCAGCACAUCCAGCGGGACCUGGAGCAGUUAAUGAAGACGCUGGGCAAGAGCGCCGACGAGACCGUCAGUGCCGUGCACCUCGUCCUGUGCAGCCUCCUCCGGGAGCCGCGCCACCUCCGUGGCCUGGGAACUUUCAAUUUUGAUGCAAACUUGUCAACCAGAGAAAUGAGAAACUGCUGGGAAAAGCUUGCGGAGAGUAGUAUUCUACCUGAACUGGGACAUCUAGAUAAAACCCUCCUGACGGUCAAUGCCCUGAUCAGCCGUGACGAGCGGAUCAGCUCCAACCCCGUGGCCAAGAUGGUGUUCGGUGACCCGGCCGCCUUCCUGCCCCACCUGCCCCGGAACAGUGUGGUCCACAGCUCCAAGAUGUGGAGCUGCAGACAGAGAAUCUCCGUCGAGUAUUUGAGGCACAUUGUGGAGCAGAAAAACGGCCGAGAAACCGUGCCUGUCCUCUGGACGUUCCUGCAGAAGGAAGCAGAGCUGAGACUGGUGAGGUUCCUGCCCGAGCUCCUGGCCCUGCAGAGGAGCCUGGUGACACGAUUCCAGAACGUGUCAGAAGCCGAGUUCCAGUCCAUCAGGGGCUUCAUUAGCAGUCACGCUUCCGAUGGGCUGAAGCAGUUGUUCCGCGACAGAAUCACUAUCUUUCUGACGACGUGGAACAAGCUGAGGCGGUCACUGGAGACCAAUGGCGAAAUCAAGCUUCCGAAAGAAUACUGCAGCACCGACCUCGACCUGGACACUGACUUCGAGGUCAUUCUGCCACGCCGCCGGGGCCUGGGCCUCUGUUCCACUGCCUUGGUCAGCUACCUGAUUAACCUGCACAACGAAGUUAUCUACACGGUGGAAAAGUUCUCCAAGGAAAACAACAGCUACUCCGUUGAUGCCUCUGAGGUCGCUGACCUGCAUGUCAUCAGUUACGAGGUGGAGCGGGACCUGACCCCACUGAUUCUCUCCAACUGCCAGUACAAAGUGGAACCGGGCGGAGAGAGCCUGCAGGAGUUCGACCUGGAGAAGAUCCAGCGUCAGCUCAUCAGCCGCUUCCUGCAGGGCAAGCCCCGGCUCACGCUCAAGGGCCUCCCCACGCUGGUAUACAGGCGCGACUGGAACUAUGAACACCUCUUCACAGACGUUAGGGACAAGACGCCACAGAGCCCCCUCCCCAACGCUGCCAUCAGCACCAUCAGUGGACAGCUGCAGUCCUACAGCGACGCCUGUGAAGCUCUGUCUGUCAUCGAAGUCACUUUGGGGUUUCUGAGCACGGCUGGCGAGGACCCGAACAUGGACUUGAAUGUGUAUAUCCAAGACAUGCUGCGGAUGAGCGAUCAGACCGAGCAGGUUUUAAAGGCCUUCCACCGAUGUCAGCUAAGGCACGCCGUCGCCCUCUGGCAGCUCCUGUCUGCUCACAAGUCUGAGCAGCUGCUGCGGCUGAGACAGGAGCCGUUCAGGGAGAUCAAUGCGAAGUACAGAGCCGACCUUAGCCCGGAACACGCAAAGCUCCUUGGCACGUUCCUGAACCAGGUCAGCCUGGACCCCUUCCUCCUGGAGCUCCAUGAAAUGAUAACCUUGAAACUGAAGAACCCCCAAACCCAGGAGGAUUUCAACCCCAACUGGAGCCUGAGAGACACUCUGGUAAGUUACAUGGAAACUAAACAGAAUGAUAGUCUUCCCGAAAUGGAAUCUCAGUUCCCGGAAGAGAUACUGCUCGCCAGCUGUGUCCCUGUGUGGAAAAUGGCAGCUACACUGAAACGGGAUCGACAGGCGAGGUAGAAUGGCCUCCACGGACUGUCGCCUUCAUGCCUGCUCAGAGGGCAGGCUGUCGGCAUAGCCCCAGACUCAGGACCAAGACGUGCUGUGCGCCGACAGCUUUGUGCAAGCCCAGCUGUUUCAGGAACACGUAUAUUCCAAAAUUUGCUCACCGUAUGAUGAAUACUGGUCACUGCGAGGUGAGAACUGGAGGUCACAUGAAGUGACAAUAAACUGCCACCGUUUACCUUCCAUGGGAGACCCAACAAGUUGCCUGUCCCCUUCACACAGGAAUAGCCAUCUGGGGCCUCUACCCUCAUAGCGGGGACACACCCUGCCACCGGCCCCGUCUGCCUCAGAUCCCUAACGUGGUGACAGGAAGGGAAAAUGGGGCUAUUUAUUUUUGCUUUUAUUUUUCUCUUAUUUUGCACUCACAGAAGAGAACCUGGCUUGCUUCUUUCUUCCAUUCCUUUCAAUUCUGAGUAUUGUACAAAUACUGCUAGGCUUCCAAGAAGAUGUGAAAAAGCACCAGAUUCUUUUUUGUCCUCUCACAAGUCAGGGCAUUCUGUGAGGAACAGAACUUGAAGCCAAACUAACAAGACCUCACCCAGGCCCUGUAAUCACUCACUGCCGCCUUUCAGGGACCAGAGCCAAACGCUCUCGUGAAGAGCACCAAACCAGGAAUCCCUGGUACUUUAAGGGCAUUCGCGUCCUCAUCUAUGAAAUGAAGGGACUGGGCGGAUGGCCAAAUUUCCUCUCAAUUCUAGUACUCUGAAAUUCUAAAUGAACGUUUAUCAGUGUACACUUGGGUCCCAGGCACGGUCCCGGCGUUUCUGUGGGAAGUUUUCGACUUCCAUUCUGCCAAAGAAACGUGAUCUCAGCGGGACCUCGAGUUCCCUGAGUGUAUGAAUAUCUGGUCCUUGCUUUGGGUCUCAGCCCAGGCAUAAAAACACACACACACACACACACAGAAUAUAAAACCAGUGAAGUUUCCGAAAAGGCAAAAAGAAUGGUCCACUCGCCCUGACCUCGUGCUUUCUCACUUAAGUGCUGUCUUUUUCACAGUCUCCUUGGAGGCUUAGUGACCAGGACUAACUCGUAUCCCUAGGUGGCCCAGCACCCAGCACCACUGACAAACAACUGUUUAUAAGCACUCACUUUAAUAUGCAUCUAAGUGAGCUGAUGCCCCAGUCAGCUUGAAGUUGGGCCGAGGCUGGUGACAGCGCCAACAAGAGCAGAGCACUGCUUCAUCUCCAGGUUCAUGGCUGUGACUGGACAGUGCUUGAUGGCGAGGCAUGCAGUGAUCCGGGCCCCCCAGUACUUCAUCUGAUACAGUGUCCACUUACAUUUAGUGAUCUAUGACUUCAGUCAUCCCAGACUAUGCACAGCACCCCAGCCAGCUUCUGUGUCCCGGACUGCCAUUUAAUCGGGGCGGAGCUGCUCGUCCAGCCCUUCACCUUGAACUUGGAACUCCUUUGAUACCUCAGAGUAGGGUGGGAGCAGGCCAGGCCAUCAGGUGCCACACCUGAGCAGAUCUGUAGGGGGUGGGGGGCAGGGAGCUGGGAAUUGCCCCCCCACUUUUAUGAUCUUUUAACGAAGGUAUUUCGUAUGCUAUGCUUUCAAAGCCUUAACUGUCAUCUAGCACUGUCUUGUUUGUACAAAAAUGCACUGACCUAGCCCAGACAAAUGCCAAUUGUAUAUGUUAUACCUGUUUAAUAAACUUGAAUUUUGCUUUUAAAUACU